UCAAAAUUUUUUCAGAAACUCCAUCCAAUUUUUUUGAUUCCCACUUCAUUAUUUUUCUAAAUUAUCCGUAAUGAUGUCUGGUAGAAUAUACAGUAGUAUUCAAACCUUUGGUCGUCGGCUUUUUCGACAUGCAGAACGUUCAUCACUUUCGAGUGAAGAUGUUCCAAACCGACAAUCAGCUCGCACGAUGGAGACAUAUGCACUGAUGGAUCCAAAUAUUUUCAGAAAAUUUGCAGAAAAAAAGAAAUAUGAGAAAUAUCUUUCCGCUAAUCGUCAUAAGAAGGGAAGACGUGAAGAUGAUGUCCCCCCUAUUAAUUUGAAUAUGCAAGAAUAUGCAAUAAGGAAGUGUAUUAACAAUAUGAAAAAUACAAAUAAAAUUUCGUUUGGAGGAGACAGUACUGGAUAUUUUGGUCAAAUGAAGCUUCAAAAAAAUCCUUAUUUGGAUUUUGUGGCACAAAUUAAUCGACUACCAAUAGACGUGGCUUGGGCAGAAUAUGAAAAAAGUAUUCGAAAAUCUAAGACGGAAACCGAAGACAUCGUUCGCGCUAAAAUGGAAAAAAGUCGGAGGAUAUUUGAUAGUCGAGGAGAGGAUAUAUGUUAUCAACAUCAACGACGCUUUGACGAUAUGGACUUUGUAGAGAUAGAAAUUAAUCGUACUGAAAAAGCGUUAGCGUUAGCCACAGGACGGACGACACAUGGUAACAGGAUUAAUUCUACAGGUUCUUCAAAGAAUUCUCAAAUUUUACCUGUUCGAACACCAAUGGUUAGACGACUGUCAUCAUUAAGCGUUGUUAGUGCUCAGUCAGAGCCACGGGAAUAUACAAAGCGAGCACAGAUGAAUGCCAACUUCAGGGAAUACCUUGUGAAAAAAGAUAAACAGAGAUAUUGUAUGGAUUUUCAAUUAAUAGAUAACGCAUAAAGUAUUACGAUAUUCCAUGACGCUGUUAAAUACUUGAUUUGACUAUAUAUUUUGACUAUAAUUUGAUAAUGAGAUUCAUAUUAUCAAAAUAAAGAUUCUGUCCUGGUAAAAGACAAAAGCACCCUAUAAAUGGUCGCUGAAUGUUUUAUAAUUUAUGAUUUUCUAUUGAACUUGCAUUGUCUCGAAAUACCAGACAUUUAUUCACAAUCCAGCUAACUUUUAGGCUUUCACAAUAUUUUCAACAAAUAAAAUCCAAUAAAAGCAAUAGAAAAAAGAUUUGUUUUAA